AUGCGCACAAAAUACAUACCUGGAAUAAACCUCAUGGGUGGAAUUGACAUCAAGAUCAGGAAGCACGAGCAAUCCUUAACGGUCAUAAAACAAGAAGUUGAUAAAGAAGAUUUACUGAAAACAAUAUGGGAAGUUGAUGAAAAUACGAAAAGAUACCGUAUCGAAGAAAUACCUACACACGAAAUAAAUAAUAAAUCAGUCUACUUACCUCACCACGCCGUGAUCCGUAAUGAUAAAGAAACCACGAAGAUUCGUGUCGUAUUUAACGCCUCUUGCAAGGGCUGCAACGGUGCCUCUAUUAAUGACGAACUGUUGACGGGUCCUGUACUGCAAGACGAUCUGUGA